AUAUUAUAAUGUUAUAUUUUGGGAUUCAAUAACACUGUACAGUAAACUCCAUGUUGCGAGCACAAUAUGAAUUACCUGGGUUAUUCGAGAUGUGAUCGAUCAAAACUCAGUAAUUAAUUGUCUCUUUGCACGGCAAAACUUUCAGAAAAUGAGACGAUAUUCACAUUGCAUUGAUGUGAUGAAGUAUUACGUCCUGUGGCUCUUAAUAAUCCUAAUCUGAUGAAAAUGUCCCCAACAUAUGCGACGGCCGAGCGUGGUCAGUUUGUACGUGAUCUUCUAUAAUAAGGACCAUCAGUCGCUGUAAUCGCGCGAGAUUAUCGCGCCUUUCUUGGGUGAUAAUAGGCCAUGAUUACAAGCUUGUGACGAAUCCUCUGUCCACAAUUUACGGUACGACUAGCUGGUCUACAAGGAGGUACCUGCCAUCAUUCCCGUUCCAACCCCAAGCCUCCUUUUCUCUCCAUGUCCGCGAGGUGAAGUCCCGCGAGAUUCCCGCGAGAUAUUGUAGCAGAAGAAGAAGCUCUGCAGCUCUGGCAUGUAAUGAUUUUUAAUUCGUCAGAUUGAUGUAGUUUUUAUAGCAGUCGGUAAAGGAUGUAGAAUUUCUUUGCAUCGAUCAGACAUCGAGAGAAAGGAGAGGUAAGCGAUCGAUACGACCGUCACGGCCGACGCUCAACUGACAAGAAACAAAAGUUCCGGAGAGAGAACCGCUCCGUGCGGAAACCAUCCAAUUUCAUUGAUUUCUUUUUAGCUCUGACUUUCAUUCGCAAACCGGUAAGUUGAUCUCAUUAUCCAUAUAUUCAUUAUUGAAGAGAGUAAUGAACAGAGGUGCUUAUAAUGACACAGAUCCGAACGGUUCCGAAUUGGCAGCUAAAACAUCCCCGAGUGCCACGUCUGGUGACGUAGAUAGUCCCCCGCGCGAUAGAAAAUGUCGUCUGCUUUAAUUGAAACAGUAAGAUGUGUGAAAAUCUGAUAUUUUGUCUUUUCUUGUAGUUGACAUUUAUAGAUUAUUGAAAGGUUAAAUCCACAAUUCCUCUCGCUUAGUAUUGUGUUUCCGCUGCGACCAGAAAACGGCACCAAAAGCAGACCAUCUUGUAAACUCGCGUUAAGACUCCAACACACAAGCUGUACGUAUCGGUGAUAUUAUGUUGUGAAGUGUAACAUUAAAGAAAACUGAUAAUUAGCGAAAUAAUCACAAUGUGGUAUUGAUCGCAGCCCAAUGGCAGAUUCUCACAAAUUUAAUGAAGCAGUGAUCACCCCUGACAGGUUCAACGUCUGCUCGGUGCUCCGGACUGGAAGUGAGGACUUUUACUUUCGGUGGAAUUGAGUACUGUGUGUGGCAUUAAAUUUGAGAACUGUGUGUUGGCACUGGAACUAAGGCCUUGUGGCGUCCUCGAGUUGAGGUCCUGCUGAGGUUUGAGGUCUUGUGGUGUCCUUUGAAUUGCCUUUUGGAGGCCUUGUGCGGUGCUUAACGUCUUGCGGUGUUAAUUCAUGAUGAUGUCAUGGAUUGCGUGACAAAAUUCGACAUUGAGUUGGACAAGGAUAUCUUCUACGCUGGAGAGACCUUGACCGGACACAUUAUUGUGCAGAAUACAGAGAACAUCAAAGUACAAGGGAUAAGACUUCUUUUGCGCGGCAAAUCCCACGUGGAAUGGAAGGUCACCAAGGCGGGGGAGAGGCGGACGGUGAAGGAUGACGAAUACUACAUCGACGAAAAGAAGGUGGUGUGGGGGAAAGAUAAAAAGGAAGUCGAAGGAGGUGUUCCCAUCAUGCCACGUGGUAACCAUAGAUACAACUUCCAAUUCAAACUUCCAGAGAGUACUCUGCCGUGCUCGUUUGAGAGUAAAGUGGGCACCAUUAGGUACUAUCUACGGGCAACCAUGGACAUGCCCGUGUCUUCCUCUCCCCAGAGCAAAAAGUACUUCUCUAUCAUUGGUCCCCACAUCGACUGUAUGGACGAGCGCUACCUAACCCCGUCCCGGGCCAGUGACAAGCGCUACUCCUGUUGCUUCUGUUGCUCACAGGGCCCCGUGGCUUUGGAGGCAGUGCUAGAAAGAAGUGCCUACUGCGCAGGCGAAAAUAUCAAGCUCCGCGCAGAAAUACAAAACGGAAGUGACCAAGAUGUGUGGCUUGUGUGUAAACUAGUGCAGCAUGUAGAGUUUUUUAUCAACAAAGGAGUUCUAGGUUUAUGCAAAGAAGCCUCGCACAAAGUGUGGCAAUAUCGCGGGGACACGGUGCGCGCCCAUGCGACGGAGAAGUUUGACGAUCUCCAGCAGUACCUUCAACUUCCGGUGGUUCCGCCUUCCAUGGUGGAUGUUUGUAGUUUAGUUCAAAUUUAUUAUACACUAAAGGUCUGCCUGGUGAUGGAGGAGUCGGGGGAGGUGCUGGACCUCCACUUCCCGGUCACUGUGGCUACGACGCCUUACAGGAUCCCUAACGCACCUUAUCCUAUACUACAGUACGAUCACUGUGUCCCUAACGUGGAGGGCGGAAUGUACGUGAGCUCCGAGUUCCAGCUGGGUCAGGUGUACAUGGGGGACGGGGAGGAGGAGACGGACGAGGUCAUCCUUUUCCGGCCCCUCUACGUCUGCGUGCCCCACGAGCGCCUCCAGAUCAACAGCCUGGAAAAGGAAGGCGGAGUCAGUCGCGCGGCGUCCCGGAUGUCGAUGACACGGUUGAGUGACCGACUCAAGUUCAAGGAGCCCCGGGUCACGGUCAUAUCCUCGGAGAGAGACUCUGCUAAAACGGACAGCGAGGAGGCUUCCCCCUCCCACGUGACCUCUCACGCGGACGGACUUUCACCACUGUUUGCCCAAGUUGACCUUGAGUCACAGUUUAAUCAAAAACCAUCAGAUGACCUGACCAAGGGGCAGUUGGAGGACGUCUGUGAACAAGACACGGACCCUCACUGUUCCGUCAAAAACACUGACAUUACAAACUCCGAGGUCAAGGUCUGUCUCGAUGUGACCGAUAGUCACCUUGAACUUCCCAAACAGACUUGAAUGAUGUCUGUGACAAAGUAUUACACAACAUGGCUUGCUCACAUCUUUUUUUUUGUGGACAACCUUGACCUUUAUUAUUUUUUCUUUAAGAUUUAUAAAGUGUCAAAUCAAAAAGUACGUAUAUAGCAGAAAUAUUUGUAUAUAAUUUUUAAUUUCUUGCACAUUUUUCUACGAACUAACGGAUUUUUCAUACGAGCACCUGUUGACGUUGUGUAGACAAGGCGUUGUGUUGUAUGGGUGGGGCUCUAAGCCGUGUGGUCAGGAUUCCGCUUGUUUAUUGGCGGUUGGUUGUGGUUUUAACCUACUUGUGACAUCUUUUGAUUAAUAUUUAAAGUACUAUCAUGGUGAUAGAUCUAAUAAAAGGAAUGUCAGUAGUCUCUAACAAUCAAAUCAAUAAAUAAUUUUCAGAAGUUAUUUUACUUCUAUGCAACGUAU